CGUCUUUUCAACCAUCCCCUUCAACGGUAAUAUCGAUCUCGCCGAUGCCAAAAAGUUGUCAGUGCUAAUUCUUCGGCUCGAGUCGUUUUCGUUUCCUCCUAUGCAUGUUGUCACCGAAAGCACCCCGGCUGCGUUCCCUGUCAUCAUGCGGGCUCUGCUGGACAGUAAACGCUUGAAGACGGUGCGCAUUUAUAUGGACCUCUUGAUGCCCCCCAACCUUUUUUGGCGCAAAAGUGGCCUCCCUUGAAUCUUUGCAGAGCUUGACAUUGAACUCCUCUGCUCCUAAGAUCGUACUCGACCAGGCAAACUUAGCAAUGUUGGCCGACUCUCUGGGCCGCAGGUCAUCCCCUCUUCCUCUCCUACAAAUUGUGGGACCCCGAAUUAAGUCCGUGAAGCCCUUGCUAUCCCUUUGGAAUCCAGCUCUGCAGCAAGGCAUAUUCGUCCGUGGAGCAAAGAUUGGUGUCACGUCCUCUUGGGACAGCUACCAGGUUCCCGCGGAUCCCUGGAGCCAAGCAUGCCUCAAGUCGUUUGAGUACUGGGGUGAAUCAGAGUCCACACCACCCGACUUCCUCCGCUUUGUUCAUCGAGCAUUGGCACGGAUCCCGUCCCUGGAGAAGAUCAAGCUGGCGGGUUAG